GAAAAGAGUUCAAAACUAAAGCCAUCGACGUUAGAAUCCAUUAGUGGUAGGACAAUUCCCCUGCUAAGCUGACACAGAUUUUGUCUGUAAUUUUUUGUUUAUUAUCAAAAUCACCUUCCUCAGAUGACGACAAUUUCGCAUUAUCUUCAAACAAUGAAAUAUCACUCCCAUUCAUUCACUCACUAAAAAGUAUCCAUGGCUUCAGCUACAACCGUUUCCUCAUCAGAACCACCAAAGGUUCAUGCAUCAGACAUUUCAAGCAUCAAAGCCUUUGCAGAAUCAAACGGAGCCUCUCCCAUCCCUUCAACCUACUACUCUCUCACUGAACCCCGUGAUGAUGUCGCUGACGAGCUUGCAUCUUCCAUCCCAGUCAUUGACUUCUCUCUCCUCACUUCACACGACCCUCAAAUCCACUCUCCAGCUGUCCAUGAACUCGCCAAGGCCUGUGCUGAAUGGGGUUUCUUCAUGCUCACAAAUCAUGGAAUACCCGAAAAUCUGAUACAAGAAGUGAUGAGGUACUCAAAAGAGUUUCAUGAUUUGCCUGUGGAGGCAAAGAAUGAGUAUGGUGACAAAGGAACUUUCUCACCCAUCAGGCAUGGCACCAGCUUCCAUCCUCAAGCAGAAAAGCAUCAUUUUUGGAGAGAUUAUCUCAAGGUUAUAACACACCCUGAAUUCAAUUUCCCCAACAAACCACCAGGUUACAGGGAGGUUGCUUUUGAGUAUUGCCAAAAAGUCAGAGCAGUGGUGUGGAAGUUGCUUGAAGGAGUAACAGAGAGCUUGGGAUUAGAACCCAAUUCCAUAAUUGAGUCAACAGGUUUUGACUCUGGGUUUCAGAUCUUUGCUGUCAACCUUUACCCACCAUGUCCACAGCCAGACCUUGCUCUGGGGAUGCCGGCACAUUCUGAUCAUGGCUUAAUCACCCUACUCACACAGAAUGGAAUUGGAGGUCUUCAGGUUAAGCAUGAUGGCAAAUGGGUUAACGUUAAUCCCAUUCCUAAAUGCCUAGUUGUCAACAUUAAUGAUCAACUUGAGGCUGUGAGUAACGGGAGGUACAAGAGCGUUUUACACCGAGCGAUUCUCAACAACAAAGACACUAGGAUAAGUCUUGUGCUGGUGAAUGGACCCGCACUUGAUAAGGAAAUUGGACCUGCCCCGGAGCUAUUGGAGAAAGAAAAACCAUUGUUCAAAAGCAUCAAGUUCCAAGACUAUUACAACCUUCAGCAGAAGGGACGAUUUGCUGACAAAAGUGGCUUGGACGUGAUUCGGCUUAAUGCUUAAAAAAAACUAUAUAUACUAUGGUCUAGUCCUUUCAAGAACAUGGGAUGGAAAUUGCCCAAAUUUAAAGAUCUGAAUAUGGUGAAUGUUAGUUGUAUUUGUUUGUGUGUGAUAAUGUACGUAGUUCAUAUUUGGUGGUGUGGUGUGGUGUCUAAAUAUGCUUAAGCCCCGGUGAUUACCAAAAUUAGCGAAUUAAUAUCAUAUCAGAGUAAGUAAUAAAUUGA